AUGCUGCAGGCCCCGACGCUGCAGGUCCCCACGCUGCAGGUCCCUAUCCUGCAGGUCCCUAUCCUGCAGGCCCCCACGCUGCAGGCCCCUAUCCUGCAGGUCCCUAUCCUGCAGGUCCCUAUCCUGCAGGUCCCUAUCCUGCAGGUCCCUAUCCUGCAGGCCCCUAUCCUGCAGGUCCCAACACUGCAGGCCCCUAUCCUGCAGGCCCCUAUCCUGCAGGUCCCGAUGCUGCAGGUCCCUAUCCUGCAGGUCCCGAUGCUGCAGGCCCCUAUCCUGCAGGUCCCCACGCUGCAGGCCCCUAUCCUGCAGGCCCCCACGCUGCAGGCCCCUAUCCUGCAGGCCCCUAUCCUGCAGGUCCCAACACUGCAGGCCCCUAUCCUGCAGGCCCCUAUCCUGCAGGUCCCAACACUGCAGGCCCCUAUCCUGCAGGUCCCUAUCCUGCAGGCCCCUAUCCUGCAGGUCCCCACGCUGCAGGCCCCUAUCCUGCAGGUCCCUAUCCUGCAGGUCCCUAUACUGCAGGCCCCCACGCUACAGGCCCCUAUCCUGCAGGUCCCAACACUGCAGGCCCCCACGCUACAGGCCCCUAUCCUGCAGGUCCCAACACUGCAGGCCCGUCCGAGGGCGCUGACGGCUAGGGCUUCCCGUCCCAGGCAUCAUCCAGUAUCCGCGGCCUUCAGCUCACCUGCCGGUGGGAGGCGGCGGCUUUGA